ACCCCCACUCCGAAAUGCAGCGGCUUGUAGGGGCCAGCCGCCGUUGCGUACCGGUGCGUCCGUCAGGCCUCACCGCCGCCGUGUCCACUUCAUGGGCAUCUUCCACCACAUCACCCUGUCCUUUAGACAGUCGACGUCACUACGCGAGUGCGAAGCCGUUGCCGUCGCCGUCUCGCAUGAAAGUGGCGGACCUCUUGGAAGUGUCCAAGCAGUUCCGCAGUAAACAGACCAACUAUAUCCACGAGGAUCAGACGCUAGACGAAGCCGUAAAGUAUCUGGCACAGAACGAGAACUCGGCCACACUCGUUGUAGUCAAUACUCAACACCAAGUGGUGGGGCUUAUCACCAACAGACUGGCGCUGCAGCGAGUGAUGCGGAUGCGCUCUACCGGCAAGCGAUCAGACUGGAACAUGAAGGUGUCGGAGGUGGCGAUUCCAGCGAGAAAAGUGCUGCAUGUAUCGCCCGAAGACUCCCUAGAAGACUGUCGAGCAGUGAUGGCGUUGUCAGGAGUGGGGGAGCUACCAGUGUUGCAAGGGAGUAAGCUACUGGGUACUGUCUCCUUAACAGACAUUGCAUCGUUGAUCCAUCGCCAUGACGCGCAGCUAAACCCGGAUCCUACAAGUGCCAAGUCGGACUACAUCAACUUGAUCCUACCGCGCAAGGGCCUGCCUGCCAACACGUUACUGGACCAAACUGUCGUGAAACAUGCUACCACCCACCCCAACUACUGGACGUACUACCUUCAUUCCUUCGGCAUGUCCAUCCCCCACCCUCAGAAGAAAGAUACAGGCGGAGAAGACGCGUUCUUCCUGGGUGUCGUCCCACACGGCGUGGAAGAAGGCGGCGCCUCGGCUCCAGUCCUGGAAGACCGUCCUAUUGACAUCGAUCCGUCCAUUCCGACCGUAACACACGGCACUCAGGGGCCCGUGGACGUCCUAGCAAUGGGCGUCGCUGACGGUGUCGGCUCGUGGUUCGAGAAAGGUGUGAGUGCUCGUCAAUACGCCGAGGAGCUCAUGGUCGCCGCCCACCAAGCUGUGCAGAUCUCGUACGCUAAAGACGACGACAUUGAGCCGUCCGAAGUUCUGCAUGCUGCGUGGUCUACUGUCCUUCAAAGAGAGAUCGUGGGGAGCUCCACUGCGUGUGUGCUGGCUCUAGAUCCGGAACUAGGAGAACUCCACGGCGUCAACUUGGGGGACUCUGGCUUCCUCAUUAUCCGCGAUAAAACAUCGGAUCUGGAGACUGCGCGCUUGCGAGGCACCUUGGACGGCUCGCUCAUGCGUAAGAUCAUCAACCGCGACCACGACUUGACUCCGGCUGGACGUCGGAAAGGAGCACACGUCACGUACCGUUCUCCUCAACAACUACACUACUUCAACUGCCCUUUCCAGCUAGGUUUCGCUGGCGCUGAACUUGUGAGUGACGUCGUGGACGACUUGGCUAAGGGCACGCACUCUCCGAUGAAAGAAAAGCCCCUCUUUGAGACCCCAGAGAACGGCAUGCGACUGCGAGUGCCGGUGCUGGAAGGAGACCUCAUUAUUCUGGCCACGGACGGUCUUUUCGACAAUGUGGACGAGGAUGUUUUACUGGAAAUUGUACGAGCCGAGCCCGAUCUCGAGACGAUGUGUCGGAAAUUGGUCCGGAAAGCGUACGAGUUGUCUCUUGAUCGAUCCAAAGACUCGCCUUUUGCGCGUCUGGCCAAGGAGAACGACUUGUUGUGGGGUGGAGGGAUCCCAGACGACAUCACGAUCAUCACGGCUCGAGUCUCGAAGCACAAGACCACGGAGGAGAAGAAUGCGGAAGCUGCUGCAGUCGCAGCAGUGAUUGAAGCUCAUUUGUAG